AAACACCAACAUGCCGGAAGAGGCGAGGUGUUUCAUGCUUCACCUCCGUACCCGUCUGCGAUUAUGGUCACUGCUCAUAUCUGCAUUUGCCGGACAGGCUCGAUUGUCCAGAGUCCUCGCACUCGGAUCGAGGCGUCGCGAGAGCCUUCGCAGUGAAACAGAACGCAGGUAACUACACACAAAGUAUGUUGGCCGUGACGGUAAGAUUAAAGCCGUCAAUACCUCCCUCGAGCAGGAGGGAUAAAAGUGUUACAGGACGCCGCUUCCUCGCAUCUUCCAG